AUGUCAUCAAUCAGCGCAGCAACCUUGGUAUUUAACAAUUCCGACUUCAACUUCGAGAACAGCAUUAUUCGAUCAAACGGCAACCUUCUUGUCACCACCAUAACUAGCGGGAUUCUUCUGGAUAUCGAUAUUCAAUCAGAAAGCCCAUCCAGCCGAGUCGUGGCCACAUUUGGAGAUUAUGGCAUCCUUGGAAUUGACUCCGUCGGCGAAGAUACAUAUGCGAUCGCAGCUGGUAUCCCAAGUUCAGGUCUCUCUCCUUGGAGCAACGGAACCAGUCCGGAAAUUGAAACUGCGGCCAGCAUCGACGCCGACCUCCCAGAUGGCUUGGCGACUGUCCCCACUCAGCCUGAUAUUGUCCUUGUCUCUGAUGCCCUCGCUGGAACGGUCAUUAGAGUGAAUGUUACAAGCGGAGAGUCAGAAAUCACUCUGAAAGAUGAUCUUCUAGUUGGAAAUCCCGGUGUGAACGGGCUCAAGAUUCUCGAUGGCUAUGUGUACUUUGUCAACACGGACACUCGUUACUAUGGGAAAUUCGCCAUUACUGAAGACGGCCAAAAGUCUGGGGACAUCCAGGUUAUCUCUACCGAUGCCAGUUCGGAUGACUUUGCUUUUGACAAAUACGGGAUCGCAUAUAUAGGGCCACAGCGGAACCCCAGCGUAGUCAGAGUGUUUCCCAAUGGCACCGCGACUCGGAUUGCGCAGAAUGCAGAAAUGGGGCGGCCAUGCUCAUUGACACUGGCGGAAGACGGGUUAUCAGGAUACGUGACAACUACCGAAGGCCAAAUUUUCAAGUUUGAAAUUCCUGCUCUGUAA